AUGCCGAGACUUGUGCGCCAAAGACCGCUUCGUGAACGAAUCACGGAUUUAUUCAAUGUUCACGAUUGGUUAUUAUGGAUAUCAGAAGAAAUCGAAACGAGAGAUUGGGAUUCUAAGAAAUAUGCUAAUCCGUUGGGUUUCGGAUUGCACUUCCUAUUGUUGAUUGCGAGGGCGAAUAGUGGAAGUGAGGGACAUGGAGAUGCAGAUGAUGUGUUUGGGGAUGUGCCUCUGGGACCAGGAUGGUUGAGCUAUGUGUCUACACUUCUUGUUUAUAUUUUGACAGCAUUGUCGAUCUUGAAUGCGGUCUCAACUUUCUCGCGAAAACGACAUUACCGCCUCUUCGAGAGCCCCAUCGAGGCCGCACCCAGCACUCCUUCUGCUCACAGAGUACGCGUCGACUCCUCACCAGUAUCCUCCUCUCCUCUCCGUUUCUUCUCGAGUAUGCUAGGGAAUACAAGUGCGCAGUCGAGAGCUCAUCCAGAUCCGACUCGGGACGUGUGGGAGAUUGCUGUUUGGGAUCCUAUACCAGUUUGUUUACGAUUGUUCUGCCUGUUCAGUCCAGGACAUGUCCUGGUCUAUUGGCUAUUCCUUCCGACGUUGUCGUCGGACUCUCGACCAAGUGUUACGAUAUUCACAACCCUAGUUUUGGAAAUUCUAAUGACUGGACAAUUACUUCUCCUACAAACAAACUUUUCGCAGCAAGAAAAAGAUACCGGCAUCAUACAGAAGGAAGUUAUGAGUGAAUACGACAUCAAAUUUGUGCAUCCACGAUUAAACCCGGUUAUGCGAGAUGUUGGGACCCAGUUAUCUGGGCCUGGUGCUAGAGUCAGGACUGGCCGAGAGGAAGAAAUUGAAAUCUAUACUCCAAGUGUAAUUCUCAAGAAAGGCUUCCGUACUAAUCCAAAUCCUAACUAUGUCAAACACGUCGAUCCAGAGAGUGUUGGUCCUAAUAAGCCAGUCUCCCGAAAGAUUUUCUCUCCCGCUCCCUCUUUCAUUUCAGCAUCCUUCAACAACCCGCGAGAUUCACCUUACAACAGAAAGAUACCAAAUACUGCGAUGAGACAACCUCAAUUCCGACGGACACCGCCCAAUGCUGUCGCAUCUACAUCUACUGGGACAGGAGAUGGUGGUAGCUUAGGUAUAUACAGCCAUGCCAACUCACCAUUGAAGAAAACCAGUAGUCUGUUUGACAUGCAGGGACGAGAUCGCCGAGAUACACCCAAAAGUUCCUUAGACAUGGCAGGGAGAGAAAUAAGAGACCAAAGGGAAAGAGAAGCAAGUCCGAGAAUCAGAGUGCAUGGAGGUAGCGAUCUUCGACCAUUUGGCAGAUUACCAUUUCCAGAUGUUGAAAGCGAUAGGAGGGUUAGUGAUUCAAGUGCUCUCAAUCCGAGAGCGAGGCCAGGAAACGUUGAGCAGAGCCCAUAUAAAAGGGGUCCUUCGAGAUGGUAA